UGUACUUCAACACGCAGCCUCUACGGGAAACGUCGCUAUGGUUCAGUUGCUCCUGAAAAUGCGUGCCAAAGUCAAUACCUCGGGAAAAAUUAGAACACAGGGAGGGGCGAGGCUCACCGGCAACACCAAAUUCAACUUCUGCUGUACACCCCUCACGGCAGCGGCUGCAGGAGGUCAUGGCAAGAUAGUCCGGUUACUCUUGGAAGCUGAGGCCGAAGUCAAUGCCCCAGGCGACAUCGCAAUCUCGGGCAGAAUCAGGGUCGCCGGCAAUGCCAGGGUUAGCGUCUACACUGGAGCACUCUCGGCAGCCGUUGGGGGCGGAUAUACGGAGAUUGUCCAGAUGCUUUUGGAUGCUGGAGCAAAAGCCACCGGAAACCCCGCAGAUCGCAUCGAAAUCAAUCGCGGGAUCACCGCCAUCGGCGCAGCCGAAAUUAACGUCGAUUAUACUACACUCGAUAUUCACGGCAGUGUGGAAAUUGGCGGCAAUGCCGUUCUCAACGCCUACCAUGGAGCACUUUCUGCUGCAGUUGGAGGCGGUCAUAGCGAAAUCGUCCAGUUACUCUUGAAUAAUGGAGCCGAAGCCAAUGGUUAUCCCCCGGGCGGCAUAGAAAUCCAUGGCACGAUCAGUGGCUCCGGAAAUGCAAUACUCAACAUUGACUAUGCGAGUGUGCAAAUUCAUGGAUCCUUUGUAGUCGACAACAACUUCACGAUUAACACCUACCGUGGAGUACUCUCGGUAGCGGCUGCAAGAGGCCUUAGUGAUAUUAUCCAGUUACUCUUGGAUGCCGGAGCUGAAGUCGAUGGCCAUCCUCCGGGCAGCAUAGAAACCCAUGGCGCGUUCGUUGGCUCCGGCAAUGCAACAUUCAACCUCGACUGUGCUAGUAUCUCGAGGAGUGGAGCGAGUACGGUCAAUGAAAACGCUACGUGCAACACCUACCGUGGAGCAUGCGCGAUAGCGGCCGCACGAGGUCAUGAUGAUAUAGUCCAGUCGUUCAUAAAGGCCAGAGCCGCACGCAAGUCCAUAGCCACCGCCCCCAUAAGCUCCAUCGCAGGCGCAACCCAAGCAGCCAUAACCAACGGUCCCGACGAAAUAACUCAGCCGUUACAUGCCAACGAGAUGGACGAGGGCCAGGAAGAAGACGACAACGUAGGACCUAGUGGGGGGACUGGAGAUGAGGUGGAUGGCACGGAGGAGGAGGGGGGGGGGAAGGGGAAUGAAGGGGAGGGGGAGGAGGCGGAGGGGGUGGUGGUGGCCAAGGAGGGAGAGAGAGCUGAGAGAGAUGCAGCGGCGACGUAGCUGUGCAAAGCAGCGCAAGAGGUGGGGAUGUGGCGAGGGAGAUCUAUGUUCGAAUGUGGAGGAGGAGGCAUGAAG